UUCUCCACGUGGAUGCCGACGCGAAGAAACAUCGCACCCCUUCAUUCUUUGUCCUCAUCAACGACACCUUAGGGAGGAAGGUGCAGAGACUAAGCCAUGGCCUCAUCCUCGUCCAAGACGCCGCCAAGCCCAUCGCUGUACGUUCGCAACAUACCUUCCAAGAUCAAGAAGCCCGAGUUGCGCCGGCAGCUGUACUGUCUUUUCAAUGUGUAUGGCAAAGUCAUCGACGUCGUGGCGACGAGGAGAGACUCGAUGCGUGGGCAGGCCUUUGUCGUGUUUCGGGAUCUGGCUAGCUCAACGAGUGCGCUGAGAGCACUCGAUGGAUUCGAUUUCUAUGGGAGCGCCUUGGCACUCGACUAUGCUCGAUCAAAGUCAAAAGCGUCAGUCAUCGAGGAGCUCGGGCCAGAGGCGCUCUUUGACCCCAACGUGCUGGCGUCCAUGAAAGGCGACCCCUCCUCGUCAAAGUCAGCAUCCAAGGCAAAAGUCACCUUUUCAAGCGCAGCCGCCGAUCUUCAGAGCCGCGAAAAGAAGCGGGCGCGCGAUGAGGCGAAAAGCAGAAAUGGUGGCGUCGCUGCGGAUGGAGAUGAUGAGGAGGGAGAGGAUGAUGACGCAGAGGCUGGCUUGGGUGAUCAAGGGCAAGAGGAGGAGGAGGGAGACGAGGCUCGGGCAGGGAAGAGACGAAAGAGCGAGGCCGUCGCGGCACUAGAGGAACAGAGUGACUCAGGGGAGGAGAUGGAAAUGGGGGAUUCGGAUGAAGAAGAGGAUCUGGGUGCGCCGCUACCAGCGCCGGGAAGUGUGCCGAACAAUCUUCUCUUUUGUGGAGAGUUACCCUCCGAUGUCAGCGAGGACCAGCUCGGUGUUUUGUUUCAGCAACACACCGGAUUCAAGGACGUGCAGUUGCUGCCGGCCAGCCAAGAAAGAGGCGCCUUUGCCUUUGUCGAGUUCCACUCUUCAAAGUUGGCCGGUGCCGCACGGGAGGCCCUCGAUGGAUUCCAGCUUGGGCCUGAAAAGCGGCUCGAUGUGAAGUGGGCUAAGCGAGCAUGAAAGACAGACCAAUUGUAAUCUAUAUCACUGCCAAUGCCGUGGCAGGUCAGAGUUCAUGAUACAUCAGAGCGAUCCAAAUGGGAGGAGCUACAGGAAGAAGUUGCGCCUAGACACGCCCAUCUUGGGCUUCCACUCGAAUUCCAUGCCCUGCACUUCCUCUUCG